AUGGCCUCGAAGAACUUUGUCAGGACGCUGCGCACCGCUUCGAAGCAAAAAAUCAGUGCACCCUCUCUUCAGAAACGUUCAGUUGUGUCUGCUCUUGCAACCAGACCAGUCGUCGCAGCAACUCGGCGCACUGCAUUCACGGCUCCCUCUCAGCAGCAGCAAACAAGAGGUGUCAAGACAAUCGACUUCGCUGGCACCAAAGAAACCGUCUACGCAGAACGAGAGGAUUGGCCUCGAGAGAAACUUCUUGAUUACUUCAAGAAUGAUACCCUUGCUCUCAUCGGAUACGGUUCACAGGGCCACGGUCAAGGUCUCAACCUUCGUGACAAUGGCUUGAAUGUCAUCAUUGGUGUCCGGAAGAACGGCGCCUCUUGGAAAGAAGCAGAACAAGAUGGUUGGAUUCCUGGGAAAACCCUAUUCGAGGUGGAUGAAGCUAUCGCUCGAGGUUCCAUCAUCAUGAACUUGCUCAGUGAUGCGGCUCAGAGUGAGACCUGGCCAGCAAUCAAACCUCAAUUGACAAAGGGCAAGACUCUUUACUUCUCCCAUGGAUUCUCUCCGGUCUUCAAAGACUUGACGAAGGUGGAUGUCCCCAAAGACAUUGAUGUCAUCCUCGUUGCCCCCAAAGGUUCAGGUCGAACUGUCCGGUCCCUAUUCCGUGAGGGUCGCGGUAUCAACUCGUCGAUCGCCGUUUACCAAGAUGUCACUGGAAAAGCUGAAGAGAAGGCUAUCGCUUUGGGUGUCGCUGUGGGAAGUGGAUACCUCUACAAGACCACCUUCGAGAAGGAAGUCUACUCUGACCUCUAUGGUGAGAGAGGAUGCUUGAUGGGCGGUAUUCACGGUAUGUUUCUCGCUCAAUAUGAGGUUCUCCGAGAACGUGGCCAUUCCCCAUCGGAGGCUUUCAACGAAACCGUCGAAGAAGCCACCCAGUCCCUCUACCCCCUCAUUGGUGCCAAUGGUAUGGAUUGGAUGUAUGCUGCUUGCUCCACCACUGCUCGUCGUGGUGCCAUCGACUGGUCCAGCAAAUUCAAAGAUACCCUCAAACCUGUUUUCAACGAGCUCUACGACAGCGUGAAAGAUGGCAAAGAAACCAAGCGCAGCUUGGAAUACAACAGUCAACCUGAUUACAGAGAGAAGUAUGAGAAGGAGAUGGAGGAUAUCCGCAACUUGGAAAUCUGGCGUGCCGGCAAGGCUGUUCGUUCUCUGCGACCCGAGAACCAGUAA